AUGGCUCUCGAAGCUCUGCAAUCACCCACCACUGCCACCCCAUCGUUUAGUCCCUUUGAAGAAGCCAAUCUCAGUUACUUGGACACACCUUGGGCCAAGCGAAAGCGUUCUAAGCGUGGCCGCAUGGACCAACAACUACAACACCCUUCAUGCACCGAGGAAGAGUACCUUGCUCUCUGUCUCAUCAUGCUCGCUCGCGGCGGCUCUGUCGACGCCACCGCCAUCCCCACCACCGCCAAACCAGCUCUCUCCGACAACAACUCGGCGCCGCUCCCCGCCUCGAAACUCACCUACAAAUGCUCCGUCUGCAACAAGGCCUUCUCCUCUUACCAAGCCCUCGGCGGACACAAGGCCAGUCACCGGAAACUCGCCGGCUCCGCCGAAGACCAGCCGACCUCCUCCGGCGUGACGACGACUUCGGCGUCGAACGGUGGAGGUAGGAUCCACGAGUGCUCCAUAUGCCACAAAACGUUCCCGACAGGACAGGCCUUGGGAGGACACAAACGUUGUCACUACGAAGGCGGCGGCGGUGGUAACAGCGCCGUCACCGCCUCCGAAGGUGUGGGGUCCACUCACACAGGAAGCCACCGCGAUUUCGAUCUCAACCUCCCGGCUUUUCCGGAUUUUCCAACGAGGUUCUUCGCGGAUGACGAGGUUUCUAGCCCCCAUCCAUCCAAGAAGCCCCGUCUCAAUUUGACCAUACCCAAGAUUGAAAUCUCUCAAUACUGA